ACAUGUAAAGAAGAUUGAAUAUUUAAAAACUAAAGGAAAUAUUGAAGUGUUGACGAAAGUCCCAAAACUCUUAGAAGGAGUCACAAUUGUAGUUUUGUUCGGAAAACCAAAUGUGGAAAUCGGCGGGAUCUUGGCACAUGAGAUGAUGCAUGCAUGGUUACGCCUUCGAGGUAAGCCAUGGGAAUGGGAAAGAAGAGUUGAGGAAGGCAUUUGCGAAGUAAUGUAUUACAAGUGGUUGAAAUGGUUUUGUUCUAGUACUGGAUUUCAUUCUUCUUACAAAUCCAAAGAUCAUGCUCAAUACGCAAGAAAGUUGAUAAAGUACUUGGCACAAGGGAUUGAGACACGGGAAGACGAAGUUUAUGGCCAAGGGUUCAGAGAUGCUGUGCUAACGGUUACAAAAUUCGGCUUCAAAACUACACCGAACUAUACCCUUAAAAAUGGAACUCUUCCUGUAGCUCCACCGAAAACCGAGCUAUUGUGGAAGGCCACCACUAGUGGUGCUACAUUGUUAUUGAAGGCCACUGCCACCACCAUAACUGAUUUAUUAUGGAAGUCCACCGGCCGCUGUUAUGGAAGGCCAUCGCCACCACAACUAGGGCCAAAGCCAUAAGAACAUACAAGAGGGUCUGUCGGCUUCCCCUGUCACUCUUUCUUGUAUUUAUCAGGUGUUGUGUUGUGUUCUGUUUUCGCUCGUGGACAUGCCUAGAUAAUUUGAAAUUCAAUGAUGACAACUCUAGAAAGACAGAUUUUCUAUAGUUCUAAGAAAGGCAGAUUACUUGAUUAGGAUUAGGGUAGACUUGGGGUAACCAGUAAUAUGCUUUAGUCUACCAGGAAUAGGCUCUAUCUAUGGUAACAGCUAGCUGAUAAUAGGGUCCGGUGAUCGGUUUCUGUGUGGUUUAAGUCAAUUCCCGGAAAAAUAUACACAAGAAAUAGAACCAAACU